AUGGCCAAACGCACCAAGAAGGUUGGGAUCGUGGGUAAAUACGGGACCCGUUACGGUGCCUCCCUCAGGAAAAUUGAAAUCAGCCAACAUGCCAAGUACACUUGCUCCUUCUGCAGCAAAACCAAGAUGAAGAGACGCGCUGUGGGUCUCUGGCACUGUGGUUCCUGCGUGAAGACAGUAGCUGGUGGGGCCUUGACCUACAAUGGCCCUCUGCUGACAGAGAAGUCUGCCAUCAGAAGACUGAAGGAACUGAAAGACUGGAAGCUCCACUGUCCAAAACCUCUCUGGCCUGUAAUAAAUAGGUUAACUUAUGUAACAAUUUAA